AUGGCUGCAUAUCUGAGACACUACUGUUCUCAAAGCGAUUUACUGAGGUAAUUAAGGAAGGUCAUUGCCGUGAAAGAGAUGUCUCGAACGGAAAAUUUGGAUAAGAGCAGUUUAAGGACAGAGCCUUUAGGAACAUUAGCCUACUAACAUCUACUAUGUUUACUUUCGAAAGCUUAACAUUACAUACUCUUUUUUCAGUUUUAUCUCCGUCACCUAGUUUACCCAAGGAAAAAAUUCAGCUACAAUGCCUUCACAACUUCAUCUUUUUGAAAAUCGACUUAGACGACAUUCCUAACAUCAAGCCGUCUUCUCUACGUUUACGGCAGUUAUCGUGCGAGCCAUAUUAUGUUGCAAACAGUAGCGCUUUCUUUAGAGUACCUUUUCGAGGCUGCGGGACAACUCGCGGAACCCAGGGCAACUAUAUUUCUUUUUCAAAUACUGUGGAAAAUUCUGCGAGGUCAUUAAAUGAAUCACACGUGGUAGUAUCGAAUGGGCUCAAAUUACACGUUCCUUUCACGUGUUACUACCGUUCAAAGUACACCAUAACUGUACAGGAGACAGAGGGGGCUGAAACGAGAAAUCACAGUGCACGGAAACAAAAGAGUGAAGGUAAGGCACAGGAACACAACGAACUCAGAAUGACUGAUCUAAUUUCGUACCCAGAUCCUACCGUAUAA